CGUUUCUUUUCCAGGAAAAACCACGUCGAAUAAUUACAGUUGUUCGAGUCAACAGGAAGUUGGAGGCAAAAGGGAGAGGCCGUGCAAAUCGCAGAAGUUGAGAGAAGAAAACGGGCCAAGGCUGUACAUCACUGAAAUCGAGUAAUUUCCGGUCUCCAUUCCUGAUCGUUGAAACGUUGUCCCGAUGCUGAUUUCACGACGAAUUUAUCGCCAGGACGUUAAAUCACGCGAUUUGAAGUAACGACGACGAUUCCCCUUCGAUAGCGGAUGUCGAACAUGGCUCCCGUCGAUCGAUGUAAAAGCACAAAAGAAAACUUCCGCACCGAACGGCACGACGGAAGGACCGGGUUGCCGAGGAUCGAGUGACUGAAGAUCUUCGCGAAAUUUCGAUCGACGUGACCUGGCGGAUGCGUCAUGUCGUCCUACGAGGGGCACGUUUACGAGCGGAAUCUUACUUGAAGACGCAGAGCCGAGGAGACACGCGCGGAAAGCGUUCUAAAUUACAAUGUCAACGCCCGCCACGGACCCGCUGCCGUCCACCGUUUCCGGGGAAUUGACGACCGCUCUUAUACCGACGGUUACCAAGAUCGAUACGCGGCUGGACGUCAAUCCCGUUUCGGUGGUUUUGGCCGUGUCGAUAGUCUGCAUUUUAUCACCAAUCACCGUCACCGGAAACUCCAUUAUCCUGGCCGCCUUCUAUAAAUACAAGAGGCUACGGACUGCAUCCAAUUACCUCCUAGUCUCUCUGGCCGUCAGCGACUUCGGGGUCGGUGUGUUCAUGCCCUUUGGGAUGCAACUAGAGCUAUCUGGUCUGCCGGAAAAUGGCGUUUCCACGUUGUGCAUCGUACCGUACUGCAUCGUGAUUGCGCUGUGCAGCGUGAGCGUGUUGGUGACUGUGGCGAUCGCCGUAGAUCGGUUGACGUCGCUUGCACAACCGCUCAGGUACAAGAACAUCAUCACCCACAGCAGCAUCGAGAAAUAUAUCGCCGUGUUCUGGAUCUACGCGAUCGCAGUCGGCCUCUCGCCUUUGAUCUACGCGAAUGUAGCAGGGGAGACUCAACCGCACAGUGGCAACUGCAGGUUCGGUGCAGCUGUACUCCCACCGGUAAGGGUGUUCCUGGUAGUGGCAGUAUGGGCACCAAGCGCCCUCGUUCUCCUCGGUUGCUACAUGUACGUGUAUCUGGUGGCACGUGCACACGCACGUGCGAUCUACACGGUCGAGCUAUCGUUCAGACAUCAGACGCAGACCCUGGCUUUGCCACGUUACGGUCAAACGCUAGCAGUCACGGUCGGUGCAUUUCUCGUUCUCUGGCUUCCCUUUCAAACUUGUAUGCUGUUGGAUAUUUUCUGCGGUACCAACAUCCUCACCGAGUGGGCGGUCGUGUGGCUUGGACUCCCCAUCAUGGCACACAGCGGCGUAAAUCCAUGGAUUUAUGCGUUCCACCAUGGCGAAAUGAGGGUUGCAGCUGGUAAAAUCACCGAGGAGUUAGUCGCGCUAUUCGGAGUGACUCCCAGCCGUUACGGUUGCUCGCCAAUGAGACGCGGCUCCAACACGAACAUGGAAUUGGCCGAGGUGAACAACAGCAACGAAGGCAGAAGGCAUCCUGUAGAGGAUUGCUUCGCGGCGAAGCAAAACAACGCUCUGUACACGAGCAGGCGAUGCCUGGACGUGUCGGGGAAGCACACGGACAUCUCGCCCGAGAGGAACAUCGAUCGCACGUCUUCCGGUAGUAGGCAAGGAGACAUCGUUGAGGAGAGUAUCCACGAUCUGACGAAGAUGCUCGACCUAAAGUACAUCAUCGAUCGGAAUCACAUGAUCGACUCGAACCACAACAUCGACAAGAUCAAGAAUCUGAAGUAUCUUCUGGAUCCGACGUUCAACAAGAUCAGACACCUGAGACGAUUGAACCACAAGAGGCUCACCAGCAAGAACUUCUCGAAAGCGUCGGAGCCGAAGUUCAUCUCGUAUCAGAACUUGAAGAGCGACGGAACGUUGAAUCGUAAGGCGUUGCACAUGAACACCAUGUCGGACCCUGUUCUCAGCGCUGACAGUCCGAUGGUGCACGCGAAAGACUUCCACGACGGUCUGAGUCCUAUCAACAGGAAACGAAGGAACUCGAACCUCUGUUCGAUGUCUGAUCCUAACAUCAAAACGGCGACCGGGCUCUCUUCCGAGGUGAAUCUUCGACUACCAAGCGGCGGGAACGUCGUCGAAACUCACAGAUACUCGGUGCAGAAUUUGAAUCACAACAGAUUCGAGGGAGGCCUAGCCAAACACGUUAUGCUGUCCCGGCAGUUGGAGAAUCAGAAGCGACUUCACAUUUAUCCGCGUCCUCGGAUGAAGGUCAACGGCACCUUCGAUCGAAACAGUCCAAAUUUGAACUUGAUGCUUCAGAACAGUUACACGUUGCCAUCCACACCGGACAGUACGAGGUCGAGCUUGUUGGACAGCCCGAGGCAAAAGACGUCUCCGAAAUUCAUGACAAUUACGUCCAACAGAUUGGCCAAUAUCAUUCAUACGGAUGCAAUUCCUUCGAGAAAUCUGGAUUCCAGAACAGAUCCAAUUUCCUCCAGGGUGUUGCAAGUCCGAAGGAACAUGGAAGUAUUGAGACAUUCCGAAUCGAUCAACACCAUCGAGCCGAUGACGCAUGUGAGAUUGUUAGAACCCUACAAAGCGAUGGAGAGUCUAGCAGUACCGACAAUACAUUCGGAGCCACCGAGUCCCAUAGAACCACUUCCUCUUGCAUCACUACAGGAAGAAGAGACAAAGAACUACGAUACGUCGAAGCCUUCCAAUAUCGACGGCUUGAAAUCCCCGAUGGGUAACAGAAGGAGCCCGGUUAGACACUCGGAUCCUGUGAUACCGACCGUUCUGUUGAACAUCGAGGACUACAGCGAAGACCGCGAGUCGGUCUAUGACAAAUCUAGUCACGACAGUUCCUCCAAUAAUCUGAUAUCGUCCGGUCAAAUGACAUCUAUAGAGCCGAUAGAUCUGUUCGAAGCGUUGUUGAAAAACUCGGAAAGAUACCGGGAGGGAAGGCUGCCGGAACCGAUCUUCGCCGAGCACGACUCGACGAGAUUCAGCUCGAGAAGACCCUCGGACUCCAAGUGGUCGGAGUCGUCGAGGAGCCAGGAAAUCCUGUCGAACGUGGUCACCGAGCAUCAGGCGUUCCCCUCGUCCUACUCGGUGAAUAAUUUCCAGGUGUGCAACAGCGGCAGCGACCUCAAUGAUCUGACGUCUCUCGAUCCGUUCAUGUGCCCGGACGCGUUGACAUCGUCGUUGCGCGAGUCGUUUUUUAGCGGCCCGUCUGUACCUGACUCAGAGAUCUUCACGUCGUUCGAGGAGAACGAGGAAUUCACCCCCGACUCCGAACGCAACCUGUCCCCGUACGAUUCCGGCACGGCGAUCAACUUGAAGAGAUCGGCGAUCGAGAACGAUCUGCAAAGCAGGUCCACGGAAUCCGUGUUUCGGAAUAGAUGUCUGUCGACGCGAUCGUGCACGAUAUUACGAUUAGAAUCAUCCUUACAUCGAAACAGAUUGCGCGUGAAACCAGGAGCGGACUACAUCCUCAAGGAUAUCAAAAAUUCGCAUUUGGCACCGCUCGCCUCGCCGACACCUACAGAGAUUUGCAGUCCCACCUUCGAGCUUGUUUCAGAGAUAAAGGGUGACAGCGGUGUCGGUGUCAAAGUAUAGAUACAGUCGUGAAUAAAUCGGAAACACAGCUGAACGAGUUGACGAAAUUUCAAAUCGUUCGUCAGUCCAGACAGAACGAAAUGAAACGUCAACUUAGAAUUGUCUUUCGAUCGCCGAUGUUUUGCUCGUCGAACAGGGAUUUUUACGAUACAUCAUGCUCUAUAUGCGUCUGUAUUUUUAUAAUAGUUCCAAGGAACUGAAUGGAGAAAUUAUUCUGUUUCAAAGAGAUGUACCGAAGCUAAUAAUAGAUUAUCGUGAAACAAUGGAAUCGAACUUUCAAGUUGGACUGUGAUAGUACGACGUGUCUUCAGCGAGAUCAUAGAACGAUCACGUGAGAGAGGAAAUUCUAUAAUUGUUCAACAAUGAUUAAUCUUUCGACUCCUAAGAAUAGUUGAAAAUUGUUCAAAGGAAUUUCAUCUAACGUUUUCAUCUGAUGAGUUUUAGGAUUAAAUUCGUUAGAUAAAUUUGUAAUAUAUUACACAAUUCACAUUGACAUACGUUAUAAAUAUAAAUAAAAGAAAUUCGAAGCGUGAAAAUUUCACGAGAAAAAAACAUUGAAGAUUGUAAUUGAUUAAAUUGAUCGUCUACCGAUAGUGUCGUUAUUGGAAAAGCAACGACGUCCCAAUUUGUAUUUAUAGAUAUUCUU